AUGGACAACAACCAAGGCUGCAAGAUUACUCUGUACUGGCUUGAGCAAUCUCGAAGCCACCGCAUUCUCUGGCUUCUGGAAGAGCUGCAGCUGAAAUAUGAGCUUAAGACUUUCAAACGCCGCGCCGACAAGCUCGCUCCGGCGGAGUUGAAGGAGGUACAUCCACUUGGUAAAUCGCCUCUGAUCACCAUCGAGGCACCGGGCGCCACAAAGCCUCUGGUGCUGGCCGAGUCUGGCGCGAUUAUGGAAUAUCUCGUCGACCACUUCGGUGCCGUGCGACCGACGCUAGUUCCGCAACGGUACUUGGCCGGCCGUGAAGGCCAAGUGGGUGGAGAGACCGAAAAUUGGAUGCGCUAUCGCUACUUCAUGCAUUACGUGGAGGGCAGUCUGAUGCCUUUCUUGGUGAUGAGUCUGGUUAACGACUCCAUUCGGAAUGCUCCUCCGUUCUUUGUUCGCCCUAUCACCAGUAUUGUCGCCUCGCAGGUGGAGAACCAGUUCCUCACCCGCAAUGUCGAGGGCAACCUGGCAUUCAUCGAGGAGCAGCUGCGCACUGCUCCCGACGGUGGUCCUUUCAUCUGCGGAAAGGAACUGACCGCCGCUGAUAUCCUCAUGAGUUUUGCGGUGAUCGCAGUCAGUGGCCGCAUGUUGAAGGACAAAAAGAACCGCGACAAGUACCCUCUUUUCGCUGCGUACGCCAAACGGCUGGAGGAAACCGAGGGGUACAAGCGUGCCGUCAAGAAGAUUGAGGAGAUUGAUGGAAAGUUCUCUGCUUCUAUGUGA